AUGGCGCACGUCGGAGUUGGACACGGCCCCGCUGCUGCCGCCGAAGCUGCCCCUUCCGCAGCACGACCCGAUGCGCCGACUGCUGAGGGAGCAGGGAACAAAUUCCAGCAUGCCAUUUCGUCAUGGAGAAGUGUCGAUUUGACAACUUUGACCGCGAGCCUCGAUAACACUGCCUCGGAGAUCGUGACAUAUCAACGGGACUCGACAGUGCAGCGCAAAGAGCUGGCACAGAAAACAAAAGACUUUCGAAAACUUGAAGAUUCGACCAAGUUGACCGAAAUCAAAGGCCUCUUGAAAGCCUAUCAAAAUUUUAUCGACCUUCUCACGAAUCACUCCAAGUCCGUCAACUCGGCCUUCCUCAAAGCCUAUACUUUGAUAUCAGAAGCACCGGAUCCAUACCCACUCUUGGAAGCCUCGGUAGACUCGAUGCUCCUGUCGGAGGAAACACUUCCGAGACUCACGGAAGAAAACAGGCUGCUCCAGGAGAAUGUCUCCAAGCUCACGUCACAGCUGGAAGAUACUGAAAGCAAGCUCCAGUCAGAGCGAACCGCGCGGAAAGAAAUUGAGGACAACCUCGAGCGACGGGUCAAAGAGGUUGAAUCGUCUUGGAAUGCCGUCAUGGAAGAGAAAAAGGACAACUGGGAAGCCAAGGAGAAGAGCCUGGAAGAAAAGGUAGAGAACCAGGAGCGCCUUCUGAACGAGUUGCGCGCCAGCUACGAGGUGAAUCAGCGACUCGGAAAGGCUGGCGAAGAUCAAGAAAACCAUCAUGCAAAAGCCUCGAGCGCUGAGCUGGAAAUGCUCCAUUCCGAUAUUGAGCGUACUAGCGCCCGGCUUGCCGAGGUAGAGGCUCGUAAUGAGCAGCUGCGGCUGGAAUUGGCCCAAGCCAAAUCUUCCAUCUCGACACAACCCGAAAGGUCUUUGGAAGACGAUCCCGGGUACAUGCGCAUGAGGUCGGAAAAUUCAUCCCUGAUCCGAAAGCUAGAUGCUUCCAGGCUGGAGAAGGAAAGCAUGAAGCGGAAUUUCGAUGCUCAGCAGCGUGCGAUGGAGCGGGAGGAACUUCAUCUGAAAGAGGAAAAAGAUGCGCUCAAAGCCAAGGUCCAAAAAUGGAGUGACUAUGAAGAUAUCAAGCAGGAACUCGAGGUUCUCAAAAGCAUCGAGUUUUCCACAGGCGACGAUGACGAAGGUGGAGAGAAGAUGGAAAGCAGCACGGACAAAGGGGAUUCUCUAGAAAAGCUUCUUCUGUCCCGUAACAAGAAGCUUGGCGACGAGCUGACGGUACUCCGCGUCUCACACCAAGAUCUGCAAACGCGACUGGAAGAUUUGCAGGAAGAACUCUCAAGAACAAAUGCGGAGCUGGAGAAGUCACAAAACCUGAAUCAGAGGCUGGAGGAGGAUCUUGAGAACAUGCAAGCUGAGGGCGCCAAUGCCUUCCCAUCUGGUGCGUCGGUCGCCGGCACAUAUGUGACUCGAGCGCAAACACGAAAGGGCAGGACAUCACCAACCUCGUCCAUCAUCAGCGGCCUGGAUCCGCGGUCCACACCAGGGGAGCGGGAGCCGAUGGGAGGCGGAUCUGGUAUCCUGCCAAUGGUGACAGCACAGCGAGACCGAUUCAAAAAGAAGAAUGCGCAAUUGGAACAGGAACUGUCCGAGACCAAUCGGACUGUGCAGCAACUGCGGCAAGAAGUGGCAGCCUUGCAGAAGGACAACCUGAACUUGUACGAGAAAACAAGAUACGUGUCAACAUACAACCGUGGCGGCACGACGGCAACUUCGUCAUCGGCCUACUCCUCCAACCCGAAUCCUUGGGCGGUUUCCAUGGGCGGAACGGGCAACCCGGGGAUGGCCAUGGACAGAUACCGCCAAGCGUAUGAGUCAAACAUUUCACCAUUUGCGGCUUUCCGUGGUCGAGAGUCGGCCAGGGCUUAUCGGCGUAUGAGCCUCCCGGAGAGGGUGGUGUAUUCGAUCACGCGCAUGGUGUUGGCGUCCCGUACCAGCAGGAACCUCUUUGCAGCUUAUUGCGUGGCGCUGCACAUGCUGGUCUUUUUCUCGCUCUUUUGGCUCGGCAGCGCAGACUUUGACAAGCACGCGUCUGGCUUGGGCUCCUCUGCUGCUGCCGCUGCUGCCAGAGCGGCUGCAGGCAAGGCGGCGAGUGGCGGUACACAGCACGGAGAGUGGAAGCAAGAUAGUUUCAACCGGCAGUAA